UGUAAUAUGAAAUGGUGUGUAGUGUAGUGUAGUGUAGUGUGGUAUAAGAACAAGGUCUGAAAGAGGGGCAGGGAUGCAGUCACGGAUAUUUAACAGCUCCAUUCCGACCAAACACUGUCACCUUUACCACUGCCAUCAACAAGGCCUCCCAUAGGGCCAGAAUCAAUUCCUCUUCCCUAUAACUCUUAUCUCUUGUCUCCCUAUGUGCUGAGAUAUGGAGGAAAAUCUGUUCAAAAUUUUGCAACACGACACCGCUUGGGUGCUUCCCUAAGCUCGUUUGCCCAAGACCAAUAGGGUAUUAACCAACCCAACCCUAUUCUGCUUCCACUCUCGUUACUACAUUACAUAAGCGUAAAAAGGAGCUCAAUUAGCAAAAAGGCAAAAGUGCUGUGUGGAGAGAGAGAGAGAGAGAGAGAGAGAGAGAGAGAGAAAAAGGAAAAGAGAGAGAGAAAUGGGUUAGGCUGAAAAGGGUCUUGCUAUAACAUUGUUGGUUUGGUUAAGUUUAGUUUGGUUUGGUUUAGUUUUGUGGUGAUGGAAGUGGGAAAAUUCAAUGGCAUGAACUUUUUUUGGAAGACACAGAAGCCAGUUUCAGAGUUGUGGCAGUUGCACGACCAACAAAGCUGGGAGUGCAAAGAAUCAUCAUCGACCCAUUAGGAAUAAGUGCAAAGCUUCGUAAAAAGCUGGAAGAGGAAAAUCCCAACACCAGCAUCAACACCGGCAAGGGUCUGACUCUGGAUCCUCACAGGAAUUUCCAUCAUCAUCAUCAUCGUCGUCAGCAUCUUCAUCAUCUUCAGCUUCAGCAUCAGACUCAUCAUCAAAAUCUGGUGUUCAACACAGGCCACGUAACAACCGAGGAAGAAGAAGGAGGAAACCAAAACCAACAAGACCAGCAACCUCAUCCUCUCCGAUUUCUACACCGUCAACAACGACAAGAUGAAGAACCGUCUUACACAGGUUUAGACACGGAGCUCUUAAACCCACUUCAACUUCCGAAGAAACGGUCUUCCCUCCCUCCUCUUCCACCACCGCCUUCGUCGCUUACUUCAACCGAACAUGCGAGAAAGAUGGGGGAAUCACAGAACCACCAUCUCCAUCACCAAGCACCAACUCCGUCUAGAUCGGCCAUGAGAGCCGGCGGCGGCGGGGGCGAGAUCGUGGAGGUUCAAGGCGGCCACAUUGUCCGCUCCACCGGGCGGAAGGACCGUCACAGCAAGGUCUGCACUGCCAAAGGCCCCAGAGACCGCCGUGUGCGCCUGGCAGCUCACACGGCCAUCCAAUUCUACGAUGUCCAGGACCGCCUCGGCUAUGACCGCCCCAGCAAGGCGGUGGACUGGCUAAUAAAAAAAGCCAAGACCGCCAUCGACGAGCUCGCGGAGCUCCCUCCAUGGAACCCCACGGCCACGUCAAUGCAACCGCCGCAGCAGGAGGAAAUCGCCCUCCGCGAGAACAAGUCUCUCGCUGUAGAACAAGACCCGACAGCGUUCGGCAACCGUGGCGAGAGCAACGUUGUCGUCGCCGCUACCAGAGUUCCGGACCAAUUCUCUCACCAACAGUUGGAGAGUGAAAAUGCUAACAUUGGCACCAGCAAGUACAACAGUGGUCCUGGUUUUCUGCCACCGUCUUUGGAUACUGAUAACAUUGCUGAGACAAUCAAGACUUUCUUUCCCGUCGAAGCUACCACGACGUCGUUUCAGAGUUACCCUCCGGCGCCACCGGAUUUGAGGCAGCAAGAUCUGCGUUUGUCGUUGCAGUCCUUUCAGGACCCUAUCAUGCUUCAGCACCAGCCUCAGAGCCACAACGAGCCGGUGCUAUUCGCCGGAACGGCGCUCGGCUUCGACGGCGGUUCCGCCUGGUCGGAGCACCAGAACCACCACUCGGAGGAGCACAGGUUGCUCUUUGGUGGCAACAGUGGCCACGGCGGUGGGUUUGUGUUCAACACUCCGGCGCCGGCGUUUGGCCAAUUUUUUUCUCAGAGGGGACCCCUUCAGUCCAGUAACACCCCUUCGGUUCGUGCUUGGAUAGACCCUUCGGUCGAUCACCACCAUCACAACCAUCACUACUUCUCGCCGCUGAUCCACCAGGGCUCCGUCGCCGGAGGCUUCUCCAACGGCGGUGGAUUCUCUGGCUUUCGCAUUCCAGCACGAAUUCAGGGUGAAGAGGAGCACGACGGCGUAUCCGACAAGCCGUCCUCUGCUUCCUCCGAUUCUCGUCAUUGAUUUCAAAAACACAAAAGAUCCCAACUUUGUUCUUCCUGAGGGCUUGUGGGUUGCACUGAAGAUGACUCAGUUGAUAAAGAGAACAUGCUUUUGGAAUAUUAGGUUGAAUGAAUUUUCAAGCUGCAAAGGGAAUUCAAGAGAGUUGGGUUUGGAUCUCUAGAUGUGUUGAUGUCAAUGGCCUAUGCCGUGGGAAUGAAGAAAAUUUGAGACAGAUAUUCAGGUCUUCGCAUCCCUCGGUAUUUUGAUGUUUUAUGUGUUUUUCGUGCUCAAUAACUAGGACAUGCAGUGCUGUGUUUCUUUGGUUUCAUCUGUAUUUGAUGAUUGCUAUUGCUAUGUUUUCCCUUUGUUUGUGACUUCGUCAUCUCUGUAUUUCUUUCGUUUCUACUUUGUUGUAGUGAUAUGAAAAACAUUCUCACUGAAUAAAAGAACUAGCUUGCUCUUA